AUGAUGGGGUUCUCGGUCAUGUCACUGGCAUCGGUGGCGACCUUCGAGGCGGCCCUCAGGUUGGCUGCGCAGGUUGCCAAGCACCCUCAGCCAGAAUGCCUCGUCAGUGUUUGGAUGUCGCUAUCCGCGCAACUGCAACAGGUCCUCGGUUUUCUCUCGGCGAUGCAGACCCAGACACAGGGUAUGAACAUCCAAAUGUUGCUCGGUGGACGGUCGCUUCCCGACCUGGGGAAAGCUUGGAACCUUGCAGCUUCUCAGCCACCUUACAACAACAUUGCCGAUAUGCCAUACAAAGCCACCCGGUCUCCGAGGAUGGUGCUUCUCUACACAAUUCGCAUCUUCUACCUACGAGCCCUGGCAAGGCUGCCGCGUGCAGAGCUGCGCACUCGCUACCACCGCAGUAUGCUCAUGGCCGGUUACUGCUACGGCCCCUUGGACCCUGUCUCCAACAUCAUCCUCAACACGAUUUGGUACGAUGUCAUGUUCACAGCACCCCAGCCACCAGUGUUGGACAUGAUCGGCCCAAACAACCUUACCCGAUUGGAGAGCCGCUCCUUUUAUGGUCUUGCCUCUUUCCUCCAAACCCGCUACCAUGAUAUGCCGGAGCACCAACUGGUGCCAUGCCUAGUUGCCUCCUGUGCCCACCUGUCCGUGGCUGAUCCGAACUUUGAUGCGGAGUUUGCUUACCUGCCUUUUGCUGAUUCCAACAUUAGUGCUGCUGCAUCUGCUGGUGCCAAGAUGGAGGCGAUAUGCCAGCAACAAGAAUGCAGGACCAGCACACCAGGCAUCUAUGAUGUUGUCAGCAAGAUGGAGAAACAAAGACCGUGCUCAAGUGGCAAGGAAGCCUAUGAGGCUGCAGCCACCGCAGCAUGGCACCCCAAUCCUGAGGCUCAUGCAGAAUUUCUCAGUUCAGUCGACAUGAUGCUGAACGGACCUGCCUUCCUCCUACUGCAGAACAGUGACCAACUCACUUCCGAAAACGUGCAGUUCAUCGCCAGCUUGUUGUCUUCCAAUCAAAAACCUACGCCUGAACAAAUUAUAAAGAGGAACCGUGUUCCCGCAUUGGAGGCAAAGAUGCGUUCCGAGGCUCAAGAAAGAAGAAUCACCAAAAAGGUGAAAGCUGCAUUGGAUAAAUACUUGCUAUGA